GAGGCAUCGCUGCAAUGGCUCAACAAGGCGGACAAAUGCAUGGCAGCCGACGGCCACGACGCUGGCUGGCAUGCAGAGCGUUCCCGUACUCGUGAUCCUCUACGGCAGCAUGGUGAAGAAGAAAUGGGCCGUGAACACUGCUUUCAUGGCCCUGUACGCCUUUGCUGUACUAUGUUGGGUUCUAUGGGCCCACAAAGUGUCUUUUGGGACCAAGAUGGGCCCAAUAUUGGCAAGCCCGAAGGUUCCCCGACCCAGUAUUUUCUUCUCGAAAGAGAAGAAACGGACCUCGCCUGCAUCCCGAACGCCGAUGACAAGUAUAGCCCAGGUCUGUUCUACAGCGAAGGGAAAUUCCACAAGUACCUCAGACAAGUUAUGUAUCAGAUCUUGGGAGCAGCUUUCAUAACUGUAUGGAAUGUUGUGGCGACCAGUUUCAUCUGCAUAUUUAUAAACCGACUAGUUAAGUUACGGAUGCAUGGAGAUAAGCUUGAGGUAGGAGACGAUGCAAUCCAUGGAGAGGAAGCUUAUGCACCGUGGGGUGAUGGGGAGAGGAUGCCUAAGCCUCGUUGGCUUUAGACACCCAGAAUUCCUCUGAUCUGCAGGCCCCGACCUCGAGUCUAGUCUCUGCUUCAGGAGCUUCAAUAAGUUCGAAAGACUGCC